AGUCAUCGGUCAUGGCGGGGGUGGGACUGGGGAGGGCAACCAGCUGAAGCUCAAGAGCGGCAGAUUAUACGAGCAACUUUUCACUUCUCCUUCCUCGAUCCCUCGCAGCCUCGCUCCGUGAACCGCCGAUGUCGCCUCUCCAGCUCCUCCCACUGCUCCUGGUCGCCGCGGCCAGUGCCAAGACGACACCACCGUCCGUCGCCGCGGCGGCACCAGCUGCCGAGACCGUCGCCGGGCACCAUCCUCCCCCGGUGCCGGCGACGACGUCACCGCCGUGGCCGGAGCAGUACCACGCGGUGGUGAUCACGAACCAGACCACGCGCGGCGGGCGGCUGCAGCAGAUCGACAUCUACUACGACUGGCCUCGCGGGCGCGCGCUGAACGUCAUCCGCGACCAGCUCGGCUCCGGCGAGCCGCUCCGGGACGUGGAGUGGACCAACGGCACCUCCUUCCUGUUCGACUCCGCGUCCUGCACCACCUUCCAGUACCCCGUCGGCCUCCUGCCGCCCGACUGGAAGAAAGCCCGCGGCGGCGGCGGCGCGGCGUACCUCGGGCGCGACCGCGUCGACGGCUUCGACUGCCAUGUCUGGUCCAACUCCGUCUUCGCCCGAUACUACGAGGACGCCGCCACCGGCCGUCCCGUCAGCUGGAUCGUCGUCAAUAAUGGGACAGUGAUGCAGCGGCACGUGCUGAGCUUUGAGGUCGGGGGAGUGCCGCAGGACGACGACACAAAGUGGCAGGCACCGCCUUACUGCUUCAAUGGCGGCAGGGCCGACGGCGCCGCUGCUUCUCCUUGAGCUCAGGUCGCCGUGGCUCCUCGAUCCGGGUCUCCGCCUGCAGCGAUACAGUACGUGAGCUCUUCAAGUCUGAUGAUUGAUUGAAGACAGGCUCUCUAGAGCGACAUCUGUCUCAAGGAGGGUGUCUAUAUAUAUAGGGCCUGUUUGGUACAGCUCACAACACCUUCGUAAACUGUUUUUUUUGCCAAACACUUAUUUCCAAAAUAGCUUCAUGGG